AGGCUUGCCUCCCCCCCAAAAAACAAACACUUUUCUCUCUCAAGGCAGCUGCUGAGCUGGGCUGGGGGUUUCCCACCACCGGCCUCUCCUUGCUCGGCCUCCUUCCUCUGCUCGGGCCUUGAGUCUCGGUGAUUCGGAUGACACCAGCAUGGAUGCAGAAGGCCAGGAUCCAGCCCUAGGCUGCAGGGAUGACUGUGAUUCCCCUUCUGCUGAGAAACCUUUGGAGACAGAUGAUCCACCUGAACCCCAGCCUUCUGUCAGCAACGGUGGAGAUUCUGAGAUAGAGAAAGAGCUGGUUGAGCUAAAAAUUAUCUGGAACAAAAAUAAGUAUGACUUGAAGUUCCCUCUUGAUAGCACAGGGGCUGACCUGAAGCAAAAAAUCCACUCACUCACAGGCCUUCCACCUGCAAUGCAAAAGGUCAUGUUCAAAGGACUUCUACCAGAGGAGAAAACUUUACGGGAAAUCAAAGUGAUCAAUGGAGCAAAAAUAAUGGUGGUUGGCUCAACCAUCAAUGAUGUCUUGGCAGUAAACACACCAAAAGAUGCUGCUCAGCAGGAAGUGAAGUCAGAAGAGACCAAAAAGGAGCCCCUGUGCAGACAAAAGCAACACAGGAAAGUGUUGGAUAAAGGAAAACCUGAAGAUGUGAUGCCUUCUGUCAAGGGUGUCCAGGAGCGUCUGCCAACUGUUCCUUUAUCGGGCAUGUACAACAAGUCAGGUGGAAAAGUGCGGCUCACCUUUAAACUCGAACAAGAUCAGCUUUGGAUUGGCACAAAAGAGAGAACAGAAAAGUUGCCCAUGGGCUCCAUCAAGAACGUGGUGAGUGAACCUAUCGAAGGACAUGAGGAUUAUCACAUGAUGGCCUUCCAGCUUGGUCCUACUGAAGCCUCUUACUACUGGGUCUAUUGGGUACCUACUCAAUACGUUGAUGCGAUCAAGGACACAGUGCUGGGGAAGUGGCAGUAUUUUUGAAGGCACGCUCACCUCUGGCACUGGAGACUGACAUGAACCUAAGGACACUGCUAGGGAGAGGCCUGCACAGGGGUCGUCCUGGAACUUCUUAAUCAACACGAUCUCAAAGAGGCCUGGGAGGACGCCAGAGGUGGGGAUCUCUCGCCAUUAGUUUAUUUUUAAUUUUAAAAAGUGCAGCAGCCGCAGCAGCCCUUGUUCUGCAGCCAGCUUCAACCAUAUUUAAAAAAAAGCAAAUAUGAUGGAAAUCAAUAAAUCUUAAUUCACAAA